AUGUGGUUGUCUUUUGUACACGUGAGAAAGGGGGCUACAGCAUUCUGCAUGUGCUGGAGUAUUAGGAUCUGGAGGAACCAUGGACUGAAUAUCAAUCUUUGUUUGUUUUUAAUUGAAGGGCAAGAUGUGCAUGGAGCCCUGGAGAAUGCUAUGGUGGAUACAAGUAUGUUGGAAGAAUUCCUUGGCAGUGACUUGGAAUUUGGAGCCUUGCAAAGCCAGUUACCAGAGUCCCCACCAGAUUCAGGAUCAGAGCCAUAUUCUCCACCACAACUGAAGAGUUUACAUUAUGAUGCUUUAGGGCCCACUGGACUGCGGCCGUCACUUUCCUUCCCUUCUGCGGGGGCACCCGAUACAUUUCCUUGUAGAUACCCUGACAGUUUCUCUGACCUGAGCACCAAUGGACAUCCCUGCGGUGUUCCCCAAGACUGCUGUCUCAAGACAGAUAAUGCCAUGUCUCCCUGGAAUACUUCUAUAUCCUCCAGUUGUCUGGGUUUAAAUUAUUCCUGUGUUCAGCCAAGGGCCUCUAAUAGUUCUGGUAUUUCCCUGGCAUCAGCUAAAAAGAGAAGAUUGUUAGACGAUGCCACUGAUUCUCCACCAUGGACUAACAACUCUCAGCAGGUGACAGUAAAGGACUGUGGCACUGAAGUGCAAGGGUAUGACAACGAUGGGCAGAAUGUAGUGGCUGUGGACAAAUGUUAUCAGGCUCUAAUGUGGCAGCCGUAUCAAACUUCUCACUGGAGCGGCUUAUUUAACUAUAGUUACGAAAAACUCCCUUAUGUAGGAUACCACAUUGUCACAGACAAAGGAUUUAAUUUUUCAACAACAGAUGAUGCUUUUGUAUGCCAGAGAAAGAACCAUUUCCAGAUCACAGUCCACAUUAGUGUUGUUGGAAAUCCAAAAUAUGUCAAAACCCAGCUGGGGCUGAAACCAAUCGAUAAGUUUUACUUGAAAACUUUUGGAAUUAAGGUCCCACCGGUCCCUGACAGCCCCCAUGAUCAGGAGACCAUACAGGACCCACUCGUCCCGGGCCUUUCGUCUUCCUCUUCCCCGGAUGAAGCGGUAGUGGGGACAUCCUCAUCGAGCCUGUCUCCAAUUGACCUCAGGGCACACCAGGACCUCCUGAGGCGCAUCGCCUUGAAUAUAAACCUGCAGGUGGAGGAGGUUCUGGAGGUUGAGGACCCCGUUGUAGACAUAUUGUCUGCGGAUGCACCAACUCGAGUGGCCUUACCAUUCAUUCGAUUGAUUCAAGCUAAGGCAGAUACCAUCUGGCAGUCCCCAGCAUCUAUUCCGCCCAUGGCCAGAGGAGUGGAAUGGAAAUACAUGGUGCCCUCUAAGAGACUUGAUCUACCAGCAGACCAGGUAACCAAAGUGACACUGGGAAGGUUACAUUUCAGUGAAACAACAGCAAAUAACAUGAGAAAAAAGGGGAAACCUAAUCCUGAACAAAGAUACUUCAUGCUGGUGGUUGGACUAUAUGCUGUCAGUCAGGACCAGUCCUAUUUAUUGUCUGCACAUGUCUCUGAAAGGAUCAUUGUGAGGGCAUCUAACCCUGGGCAGUUUGAGAAUGACAGUGAUGUGUUGUGGCAGCGAGGACAUGUUCCAGAGACUGUAGUCUGUCAUGGUCGAGUAGGAAUUAACACAGAUGCACCAGAUGAAGCACUGGUUGUCUGUGGAAAUGUAAAAGUGAUGGGGACAGUUAUGCAUCCAUCUGACAGUCGAGCAAAACAGAAUAUCCAGGAGGUUGACCCAACUGAGCAGCUGAGAAGAAUAGCUCAAAUGAGGUUGGUUGAGUAUGACUAUAAGCCUGAAUUUGCAUCUGUAAUGGGAAUAAACAGUACCCACGAAACAGGAAUAAUAGCCCAGGAGGUGAAACAGCUUUUACCAACAGCUGUAAAAGAAUUUGGAGAUAUUAUCUGUGAAAAUGGAGAAAAAGUAGAGAAUUUCCUCAUGGUUGAUAAGGAUCAAAUUUUUAUGGAGAAUGUUGGUGCAGUUAAGCAGCUUUGUAAACUAACUAACAACCUUGAAAUCAGGAUAGAAGAAUUGGAAGUGUGGAAUAGAAAACUGGCCAAGCUGAAACGGAUAAGCAGUUUGAAGUCAACAGUCGAUGAAAAGAGCACAUUCAGCAAAUAUAGUCGAGCUCCUAGUCUUUUACCACCAAGAAAACCAGUCCCUAUACAACACAGUAAGGUUUGUUUUUCUGAGAAAAAGCUGUCAUGGUCCAACAGGAUUUUCCAGAUCACUGUAAUAGCUUUGAUUGCUGUUAUGGCACUAUGUGCCUUGACAAUAUCCACCCUCUACAUACUUAGCAUAGAAGAGCAAGACAUUAGUCAAAAUCCCAUUCACGGCAAUGCUACAAGUUCCAUUACGCAGCCUCCAUACACCACCAUGGCAGCACUCAGUGACAGCACAGCUUCUCCAACCAUGACACCCAGCAUUACAAUCCCUGAAGUGAAUUUCUGUGACAUCUUGCCUUGUGACAAGACCUAUUGCUGUUCAAUUCAUCAAACACACAGAAAAGCUCCAAUGUACCAGACAAUGACGACAAAGGAGGAGAGGAAAAAAAAUUAAGCGAUACAAGAGAGAUUGAUGGAAAAACCUGAUCUUGGAAUUGACUGGAUUGAUACAACAAUCAGUUCCAUGCAGAUUUUGGAAACGCAGCAAAAAAUUGACCGUCGCUACUGUAAUAAAGGUCUACAAUGCAGGUCUGGAAAUUACAGCUAUGUUAUUCCUGUUAACAAAUACACACCCAUCAACGUAAUACUCUCAUUGGAAAUCAACACUACGGAGCCAUUAAUCAUCUUUCAAUGCAAAGUCACCUUUGGAAAUAUAUGUUCCCAUCAGCCACGAAACCAAAACAGAAGGGAGGCUUUCCAGGAAACCACCCAGGGCUGUCAGCAUAUUUGGAUUCUCCCUGUAACUUGGUGGUAUGACAGCGCAUACCAUUUCCGCGUAGCUGCACCGGAUCUUGCAAACUGUUCAACAGAUCCAAAUUAUGCUGGGAUAUUUUUUACUGAUUACUACUUCUACUUCUAUCGACAGUGUAACUAAAAUAUUGCUGGUGAUUCUGUUUAUUGGCGGGAAACAAGAUAAUACUCAUGGUACUGAAAAGACUAUUGUCUUAGUAAAAGUGUGCAAAUGAAAUGAGAUGUGCAGAAUGUUUCCUAGUUUUUGUUUAACCAUUAAAUUUUAGAGACAAGUGGGCAAAAAUAAAUUAUUUGACUGUAGUCCAGGCUCUGCAUGUCGAGUCAUUACUUGUAAAAGGACGUGAUUUCUGAAAAUCAAUGGAGAGCUUGAUGUGUAGAUAUUAAAGGAUUCCCCUGCUCUUAUCAAUGCCAUAAAAUACAGUAGAUGGGGAAAAAAAUAGUGGCAUUCUAAUAUGCUUCAGACUGUU